CGGGACAUCGCCUCGCCCUCUGUGCCGCCGAACGGCGCUGUCCCAGGCCGCGGAGGUCCCUCAGGGGGGAGAACGGCCCCGUCCCCGCCCCGCUGUCUGCGCCCUCGGGGUGGUUAUUUAUUCCGAGUACCUAGUGGCUGCUGCGAGGAAGCCCUUACCAGCCCGCCAUUGAAGCUUUGGAAAGCCACCCGGAGAAAAAGUUUUACAAUGUGUCGAGGCUCGGAGGCGCCAAGUAUGAUACUCUGCCUUACUCCAUCCGAGUGUUGUUUGAGUCCAGUGUCCGUAACUGUGAUGGCUUCCUAGUGAAAGAAACAGAUGCUAUGAACAUCUUGGACUGGAAAACAAAACAGAACCGUGUUGAAGUGCCCUUCUGUCCUGCCAGAGUUGUUCUUCAAGACUUCACUGGAAUUCCAGCAAUGGUGGAUUUUGCUGCCAUGAGAGAAGCUGUGAGAAAUGCUGGAGGAGAUCCAGUGAAAGUCAAUCCUGCCUGCCCAACCGAUCUCACCGUUGACCAUUCUCUGCAGAUUGAUUUCAGCAAAUGUGCAAUCCAGAACGCUCCCAACCCCGGAGGGGGCGAGCAGAAGCCACCGGCCAGGCUGUCCCCGCUGAAGCCGCCGCUGCGGAAGCCGCCCCCGUGCCGGGGCCACAGCGGCUGCCGGGGCUCGUGCGGCGCGGGGGAAGCCGGCCGCAGCCCGGGACCCUUCUCUGCGCAGAUCGAGAACACCCCCAUCCUCUGCCCCUUCCACCUGCAGCCCGUGCCUGAGCCUGAGACAGUACUGAAAAAUCAAGAGAUGGAAUUUGGCAGAAAUAGAGAGAGGCUUCAAUUUUUUAAGUGGAGUUCAAAAGUGUUUGAGAAUAUUUCCAUAAUUCCACCUGAGACUGGAACGGCGCACCAAGUGAACUUGGAAUAUUUGUCCCGAGUGGUUUUUGACGUGAAAAAUUUCCUGCAUCCUGAUAGCGUGGUUGGUACAGACUCACACACAACCAUGGUAAAUGGCUUGGGUAUCUUGGGCUGGGGUGUCGGGGGCAUUGAGACGGAAGCGGUGAUGCUGGGAAUGCCACUCACCCUCACGCUGCCGGAGGUGGUGGGCUGUGAGCUGACAGGCACAGUCAGCCCCUUUGCCACCUCCAUAGAUAUCGUUCUCAGCGUUACAAAGCAUCUUAGACAAGCCGAUGUCGCUGGAAAAUUUGUUGAGUUUUUUGGGAGUGGUGUUUCCCAACUGUCCGUAGCAGACCGAACCACAAUAGCAAAUAUGUGUCCUGAAUAUGGUGCUAUUCUGAGUUUUUUCCCUGUUGAUAAUGUGACAUUGAAGCACUUAAAACAUGCAGGUUUUGAUAAGGCCAGGCUUGAAGUCACAGAAGCAUAUCUUAAAGCUGUGAAGUUAUUUAGAAAUUAUGAAAGUUCUUCCAGAGAGCCUGAGUAUUCCCAGGUAGUGCAAGUUAGUCUAAGUUCUAUAAUUCCAUAUGUCAGUGGCCCCAAGAGAUCCCAAGAUAGAGUGGCUGUUAAUAACAUGAAAAGUGACUUCCAAGCCUGCUUAAAUGAAAAGUCUGGUGUUAAAGGGUUUCAGAUUGCAGCUGAGAAGCAGAAUGAUGUUGUGCCUGUUCAGUAUGAAGGAAAUGAAUACAAGCUGUCCCACGGCUGCGUUGUCAUUGCUGCAGUCAUCAGCUGUACAAACAAUUGCAAUCCAUCUGUCAUGCUUGCUGCAGGACUCCUGGCCAAAAAAGCUGUUGAGGCUGGCCUCGUGGUGAAGCCCUACAUCAGGACAAGUUUAUCACCUGGCAGUGGCAUGGUUACACAUUACCUCAGUUCCAGUGGAGUAUUGCCAUACCUCAGCAAGCUUGGGUUUGAGGUUGUCGGUUAUGGGUGUUCCACCUGUGUUGGGAACACAGCCCCUUUGCCAGAAGCCAUCAGGAAUGCAAUCAAACAGGGUGACAUCAUUGCCUGUGGGGUGUUGUCUGGCACCAAGAACUUUGAGGGCUGCCUGUGUGACUGUGUCCGUGCCAACUACCUGGCGUCCCCUCCGCUGGUCGUGGCCUACGCCAUCGCUGGCACGGUGCAGAUAGACUUUGACACGGAGCCUUUGGGCACUGGCUCUAAUGGCAAAAGUAUUUACUUACGAGAUAUUUGGCCUACCCGACAAGAACUUCACACAGUGGAGGAAGAGUGUGUGAUAUCAUCCAUGUUUAAGGAAUUGAAAGAAAAGAUGGAGAAAGGAAACAAACGAUGGAAUUUACUGGAAGCACCAGAGUCAACUUUAUUUCCCUGGGAUUUAAAAUCUACUUAUAUUAGAUGUCCUUCCUUUUUUGAUAAACUCGCCAGAGAAGCAGCUCCACCCCGAGCGGUUGAAAACGCCCACGUGUUGCUGUUCCUGGGGGACUCUGUCACCACGGAUCACAUUUCCCCCGCCGGGAGCAUUGCAAGGAGCAGUGCUGCUGCCAAGUACCUGACCAGCAAAGGACUCACACCUCGUGAAUUCAACUCUUAUGGGGCUCGAAGAGGUAAUGAUGCUGUGAUGACAAGAGGUACCUUUGCAAAUAUCAAGCUUUUGAAUAAGUUCAUAGGAAAACCAGCUCCUAAAACAGUUCACUUCCCAUCAGGACAAACGCUAGAUGUGUUUGAAGCGGCGGAGCUGUACCAGAAGGAAGGCAUUCCUUUGAUUAUUCUUGCAGGAAAGAAGUAUGGACUGGGUAGCUCAAGAGACUGGGCUGCAAAAGGGCCUUUUUUACUGGGUGUUAAAGCUGUCCUAGCUGAGAGCUAUGAGAAGGUUCAUAGGAGUCAGCUGAUUGGAAUUGGCAUCGCUCCACUUCAGUUUCGACCUGGGGAAAAUCCAAGUACUUUGGGACUCACUGGCAGAGAGCAAUUUUCUAUAUUCUUCCCUCCAGACCUGUUGCCCAGAAUGACUUUGGAUAUUAAGACAAGCACUGGAAAAGUAUUCAGCGUGAUUGCCUUGUUUGAGAACAAUAUGGAGAUAACUUUGUACAAGAAUGGUGGAAGUCUAAACUUUGUGGCUCGAAGAUUCUUAUAGUAGCUACUGACUCUCUGGGUACCUUGUGUAACCGGUAACUCAGCAAAUGCCUUGUGUGAACCCAGGAAUCUGUACUGUGGAACGGCAGACAGUCCUAGUGUGCUCAAAGUUACUUCGUCCAUGGAUGUAAAAGAUUGUGAAUCAUUGUAACUGCAAGGAGAUCCUUUCUGAUUUUAAAUAAUAUUCUAAUGGUGCUAUUAAACAUUGCUAAAAUCAACAUGUGUAUUGUGACAAGAGAGCUGUAAGUAUGGAAGGAAUGUUUUAUCAGACCAUUUUGUAAAUAAACUAUGCGAAAUUGAAACUGAUUGUGCUGAAGAUUAUUAUGUAAAAAGAUUUUCUGCAGUUGUUUCAACUCAGUUUUUGCACCUGUAAAUCUGAGUACUGCUGUUGGUGUAAGAGUAGCAGAUGGCAUAGAAUCUUAAAGGCCAAACAGAUUUUUUUUUCUCAUCCAGACCUUAAAAGGAUGCUGAGUUUUCAAUGUCUUUAGGUUAUGGGCUGAACAAACAGCAGUCCACACGAGGCCCAUGGUAUAUCCUGUAUGACGGAUGAUGACUUCCUUACCUUUACGGGAUUAUAUUUCACCUGGAUCCAGAUCUAUACUGCUCAAGCUAUGAAAUAUAUGAAAUACCAUGUGCUUAAUAAUAUUGGAAACAUUUCUGCAUUUAGAAACAAAUCUCCCAGUUGUUUCAGUCAUGCAGGUUAAGCCGUGUUUCUUCGUCCCCUUCAAUUAAGGUUUGUCACAUCUGCUUCAAGGGAUGCACUUUGUCAUUUGUGACAUCUAUUUAUAUUGUGCUAUCUGCAAUAUCAUCAGACAAAGUACCUCCUCGUAUUGUUUUAACCUUUAAAAAUUUUUUAAAACAGUUGCUAGGGCUGUUUUUCAAGAGCCAGGCCACACUGCCUCUGAGUGCUUUGUGAUGUGCUGGCAGCUCUUACCGAGCGUCCCUUCUGAGGAGGAGCCUGGAGCACUGAAUAAACCUGUCUCAUGGCACUGCAGUGGCUGUGGCUGGAGCUGUCAGCACACUGAGGGUAAAGCCCCUGUUCCAUAGCUCAUUGGCAGCAGAUGCAGAGCUGCUGCAACAUGGCUCGAGUUCCCACUGCACAGAGCUUUGGUGCUGUCGAGUGAGUCUGCAGCUCCAGCAGGCUCUUCCUGUGCUCCUGUGUCUUGAAAAGCUUCGUACCUCCACUUACAGUUUGUGUAGAGAUUCAUUUCUGCUGGAGAACAAAACUACCAUAUUUGCCUAUAAAUUGUCAAGAUGUCGCUUUAAGAUUUUUUGCUGUUCAUAAAUGUUGUCUUAAAUAUCAAAACAUUCAAGAGGACUAUAUUAGCUUUAUUUACAUGUGCUUUUAAUUUAUAACCAGACACUGAGAUAGUUGACUUGUGAACUAACAGAUGUACUGUUCAAAUCUUCAGUAUGUUUGACAUUCCUUUAAAAAAAGCCCCAAAACCAAAAAUAACCCAAACCUCUUGCAUAAUUAUACCAAUACAAUGUAUUAAUUUUUUGACCGUUCAAAGGCCAAACUAAUUUGAUUUACAUAGAUUGGAUACAUAUUUUUUUCCUGUUUUGUUAGACAAAGCUCAUUAAAUUUCGAAGUUCUGCAUAAUUUGUCUUUAUAUUUCAUUAGUUUGAUGUGAUUUUCUUUUAGGUGAGACGAAAACCAUUCCAGUGACUCCUACCACUUCUAAGGGGGAUAAAUCAAUGCGGUUUUGAAUAUUAUAUUCAACUGAAUGCUGAAUGAGUUCCUGUUCUGUGGUACACUUCCAUUAAUUCUAUCCAGAGUGACUGGGCAGAUCCUAAUUCUUGUACAACAGUGUCUAAUACUGUUUUAUCCCAACUCGAAGGUAUAAUCUUGAUUUAGUUCAAGAAAAUGUUCUUGGGGAGAAAAUGGGAACAUAAUGUGUUGGUGCUGGUACAUAAUGAUGCCUCAUGCCGAUGAUACAACUGCAACUCCACGCCUAUUUACAACUUGUGUAACUACUCAUGCUUAAAGGAAACAGCCCCCCUGCCCUUUCUCUGUGCUUUAGGGGACAGGGAUCCAAGCCAUGUCGAGGCAGACUGAUGAGGUGAAGUGCAAUUUCGAGGCAUGUUGAAAUUGCACUUUAUCUGCAAGUUGUCACCAGUAAAGCAAGUCACCUCUUUUUAGACACACAGGGGACUUCAUUACCUUAGCAGCUGUUUUAAUUUUGCUGCACUACUGUGUCUUGUAGUUCAUGAGAGGUUCUGAGCUGUGCUUGGCCACAGGGGCUGCUCAGCUGGAGGCUCCUACUGUUGCUGCUUCAGGUGCAGCUCUAAACAAGCCCAAGGCAGUGGCAUGUCUGAGGUCUGCAGGCUGACUCCUGCCCUUGGACCUGUCCCCUGUGGGGUGGCCGUGCUGCGUGGGACAGCACUGCCCGUGGACCAUCUGCUCAGUGGUGGGAACGCCCUGUUCCUUCUCCCUUGUGCAAAGUGCAGCUCAAGAGCCCAGCAGCCAAUGAAGAGAUUUAACUUUGGACACUGUUUGCACCCUGAGAGGCUUAGGUGGGUAGGAGUGGCAGGGGCAGAGCACAGGACAGUCAGGAUUGCUGUGCUCACACAUCAAAUACUCAAUUAGACCUUUCUUUAGUAUCCUGAAGCAUAGGAGGCCCUGUACCUGUCUGAGAAGUGACUCAGUGUGUUAUGUGUAUUUAACCUAGACCUCUCUCCAUUUGCAUUUGGGGGGAGAAUCUUGUUGAAAUUUUUGUAAAUGUUUUCUCUUCUUGCUUCCCUCUUCCUCCCCAUCCCAAACUACAAAGCUUUGGGAUAGUCUUGAUGUUUAUACAUUUUACACCUAAGUAUAAGGACAAGAAGCUAUGUAUAUUAAUCCUAUUUAAGCAACUGCAAAUCAUUGUCUGCUGUUUAAAGCCAACAGAACAGUGUAAGUUUUAAGUUCAGUAAGUAUUGUAUAGAUAUAUCUUAAGUUCAAUUGAUGAAAAUUGUGCAUACAAUGUCACCAAUGCUGUAAAUUAUUUUUAAUAAAGAAAAUUGUAUCACA